AUGAGGGUAGUUGUUGUGCCAGUCCUUUCCGACAACUACGCAUAUCUCUUGAUAGAUGACGAGAAGAGGAUUGCAGCUUGUGUUGACCCAGCGGAGGCGCAUUUGGUCUUGGCCAAGGCUAAGGAAGAAAAGGUAGAUAUUGUGGCAGUCCUUACAACCCACCAUCACUACGACCAUGCUGGAGGCAACGCAGAGAUGGUGAAGCAGGUGCCGGGCAUCAAAGUCUACGGCGGGCGUAUUGACAAUGUGGCGGCCUGCACAGAUUUUCUGGAUCAUGGGAACAAGUUCAAUAUUGGUUCGAUUGAGGUAUUGGCCCUGCACACGCCUGGCCACACACGCGGCUCCAUCUGCUACUUUUGCAGCGAGCCUGGCAAGGAGAAGGAGGGUUCAGUCUUCACCGGUGACACUCUUUUUGUGGCCGGAUGUGGCCGAAUGUUCGAGAGCACGCCCAAGGAGUUCCACGACUCGCUGGUGAAUGUGUUGGGUUCUUUGCCACCUGAAACUCAUGUCUACGUCGGGCACGAGUACACAGUGAAGAAUCUGCAAUUUGCAGUGGCUGUUGAUGGAAGCAACGAAAGUUUAAAGCAAAUGCUGGACUGGGCCCAAGAGCAGAAGGUUCAGAGGAAGUUCACAGUGCCAUCUACGAUGAAAAAUGAAUGGCUAAUCAAUCCCUUUCUCCGGUCUGCAGAUGACUCAAUGAGGAGCAUUUGUCCUGGCUGCAGUCCGGUGGAGGUUUUUGCCACACUUCGAAAAAAGAAAGACUCCUUCUAA